AUGCUAAUUUUUCCCCUUUUGUUCCAUGUACGUUGCACGCCCGUGGUGACCGCAGUCAGGAUCGAAUUGGAGAACAGGGCAGGGUCCCGCUCAAAUGCUAGCUUUACACCUAGCAGUUUGCCGCUAUACCCACUGGAUUUCCAGGACAACUGGCAGGCUGCCCAGCCAAUCCCCGUAGACGUGAACUUCUCAGUGCCCCACUUCGGACCGCGCGACUUGGCGAAUCACCUCGAGGAGCUGUCGCGCAGCUCAGGUGCACUGACCAAGCAGGUUAGACACGACAACUCGCAACUCACUUUGAGGCAGCUGAACGAGCGCGAGUGGCAGGAUCAGAACAUAGAAGCUGCGGAAGACCGGAGCGCGGUGCUUAUGCCGUACCCGGAUUUGGAGUUCAUGCCGCUGCAGAGCCUGCGGGUGCUCGCAAGCAGCAUGGAGAAGAUGAAGCACGGUAUGGCUGCACCAUAUAAUAUGCCGAAUUUGCACGCAGAUGCCGUGCUGAGGCUGCACGCCAUACAGAAGGUGAACCACGACCUGCUGACGGAGAACGCACGACUUCGGCAUCGUACGCGGGACAUGUUAAAGCGCCAAAAGGAGAGUGCUCCUUUGCCGGCACGUAGCAGAGAGUCGUGGAAGCAGCUUGAAAGCAAGCUAAAGCCCGUGAACCCCGCGCAAGCGGCGGCGAAAGCUGCAACUGACGUCUGUGCUCCCCCCAAUCGCACGGAUCCCAUGAGCGUGGACAUCACAAUGGGCCCCGACUUCACCGCGGUGGUGGAGAUGCGGAUCGGACUCGAUGCGCCACAGCUCAGGGAUUUUUUCCAAGCGGAGCCUACCGACUUCCAGUACAAGCUUAUCCUGAUAGAGACGAAAAACGGCAUAGUGGAGAACGCAUCCACAGUAAUCACACGCAACCCGAAAGUCACGUUGCGCAAGCUGCAGAACGAUGUCGUGUACCAUGUCACCGUCCACGUCACCGUGCCGAACGCCGAGUACAGACUCACUAAGGACGCCAAAUUCGUCUAUCACCAGCGCCACUCUCCCUCCCCAACGCCCGAACCCGUGGCCGUCACCCCGCAGGCGGUGCAGCCGCCCAUUAACGUCGGCAGUGCAAUGUACACGCUGAACGUUCAAGUAGGCGAGAAGGACUACGCGACAUGCGCAUUCGCCGACGGCGACGAUUUCCCCGUUGUGGCGAGGCAGUUUAUCCAGGACAACCGGCUGAAGCCCGUGCUGCUGGAGGGGCUGCUGCAGGCGAUGCAGCAGCUACGCGCUUCGGGAGUGACCAUACGCAGCGUGGACGUGUCAGACCUGAUUUAG